GGGGAGGCGGCCCAGCGGAGGCGGAGGCUGGCGAGCAGCGCCCGCGAGGCGGCGGCCGGGUGCCUCCCUCCGCGCCCUCCGCGCCCGCCCUCCCGGUCGACCCCGCGCCCCCAGGCCGGCCUCCCGCCGCCGCCCCUCGCCCCUCCUCCUCCUCCCCCGCCCCUUCCGUUUCUCGGGGGAAAGGCUGCAGCCUCCCCGGCUCCGCAUCCCCGCGUCGGUAGCGCGGUUUCCUCCUGCGCCCUCGCCCGGCGCCACGACUCCCCGCCCCGAGCCUCUGCGCCCCGAGCCGGCGGGCGGCGCGUUCCCGAUCGCCCGCGGACCGCAGCUGCCAGCGGCGUGGGCGCCCUCCCCCGGGCGGCGGGGCUCAGGGCCCAGCCAUGUCCGCGAUCCUGCAGGAGCUGCUGCGCGUCUCCGAGAAGGCGGCCCACAUCGCCCGCGCCUGCCGCCAGCAGGACGCCCUCUUCCAGCUGCUCAUCGAGGAGAAGAAGGACGGCGAGAAGAACAAGAAGUUCGCCGUGGACUUCAAGACGCUGGCCGACGUGCUGGUGCAGGAAGUCAUAAAGCGGCACAUGGAGAGCAAGUUUCCAGGCUUGGAGGACAAAAUUUUUGGAGAAGAAUCGAACGAGUUCACUAAUGCUCUGGAUUCCACGCAUCAGUACAUCCAAGGCUCUGCCGACGUGGAGCCCAGCCACGGAAUCUUCCCCCAGGGGCUUCCGUGCGUCACCAUCCUCAUCGGCGUCUAUGACCUGCGGACGGGGCUGCCCCUGAUGGGGGUCAUCAACCAGCCUUUCGUGUCGCAGGACCCCGACACCCUCAGGUGGGAAGGACGGUGCUACUGGGGCCUCUCCUACAUGGGCACCAACAUCCACUCCCUGCAGCCCCCGGUCUCCGAGCCGCAGGGCGCGCGGACUGGCCACCCCGGCGCCGAGGCCGCGGACACGGGCUCCCAGGCCCAGGGCGCCCACCGGUUCUCCGCCGUCAUCAGCGCCAGCGAACAGGAGCCGGUCCGGGCGGCGCUGGCGCGCGUCUGCGGGGGCCGCGUGUUCCGCGCCGCGGGGGCCGGGUACAAGGGCCUGUGCGUGGUCCAGGGCCUCGUGGACCUGUACGUCUUCUCCUACGACACCACCUUCAAGUGGGACUCGUGCGCGCCCCACGCCAUCCUGCGGGCCAUGGGCGGCGGCAUGGUGGACUUCCAGGGCUGCCUGGCCAGGGGGCCCGCCGCGGGCCGGGAGUGGCCGCAGCUGCUGUACCACGUGGGCCACGAAGGCGCCAGUGGCGUGGAUCGCUGGGCCAACAGGGGGGGGCUCAUCGCGUACAGGUCGCGCCAGCAGCUGGAGACAUUCCUGAGCCUCCUCGCCCCGCACCUGGCGCCUGCGGGCGCGCGCGCCUAGACAGCCUUCUCCCGCCCAUGGAACCAAACCGUGACCCUGGGCCCCGCGCCUGUCGCCGGAAGAUAGCUUUGUCCUGUGGGUGGUCAGCGUUCAUCUCCCUCUCCGGAGGAGUAUUUUCCGUUCUGUGUUCAUAUGAUAAUUUCUGUAAAUAAACGACAGGCGUGCAGC